AUGAUUCCAUCUCAAUUAGCCAUAGUAAGAAGAAGGAAGAAGAGACAAAUUGAAUUACUACUACUUCUCAUAGUUGUUAACAAUGUCGUCAAACUCAUGUACUUGGUGAUGUGUAUGAUGGGUGUAAUUAUUUAUGAAAUUGAACGACCACGUUAUAGAAAAAGUGAGAAGAAACACCUUAGACAAAAGCACUUGGAUGCACUAAUCAAGGAUAGUGAUAUAGUCUGCAAAAGUGAACUUCGUGUGAAUAGAAAAACCUUUUAUGUCCUUUGUGAGAUGGUCAGAGAUGUCGGUGGUUUAAAUGGCACUCGAAAUAUGUCUUUGGAGGAAAUUGUAGCUAUGUUCUUGUACACUUUGGCACAUCAUUUGAAAAAUAGGACAAUUAGAAGUCAUUUCUUUCGAAGUGGAGAAAGUGUUAGUAGAAACUUCCACCGAUGUCUUCUUGCCGUGUUAAAACUACAUACUCACUUGCUAAAAAAGCCGACACGUAUAAUAGAAGAUUGUGAAGUGGAUAGAUGGAAAUGUUUUAAGAAUUGUUUAGGAGCCUUAGAUGGCACUCAUAUUAGUGUUCAUGUGCCAAGUGAGGAUAGAGCAAGAUAUCGGACAAGGAAAGGUUCUAUUGCUAUGAAUGUGUUAGGUGUAUGUAACCCUAAUUUGGAGUUCAUAUAUGUUCAACCUGGUUGGGAAGGAUCCGCUCAUGAUGGUCGUGUCCUUCGAGAUGCUAUUACUAGGCCUAAUGGUUUAAAAGUCCCACAAGGUUCCUACUAUUUGGUAGAUGCAGGAUACACGAAUUGUGAAGGGUUUUUAGCACCAUAUAGAGGUCAUCGAUAUCACCUUAAAGAGUGGGGGGAUCGACAACCAAUUAGUGCGGAAGAGUACUUCAACAUGAAACAUUCUAAGGCAAGGAAUGUUAUUGAGAGAUGUUUUGGAUUAUUAAAAGGAAGGUGGGGUAUUCUUAGGACCCCAUCCUUCUUUCCAAUACGUACUCAUGGGCGUAUAGUUCAAGCAUGUGUACUAUUACACAAUCUUAUUCGAAAACAUAUGCCAACAGAUUACACAAUGUAUUGGGAUUCCGAUUGUGAAGAAGGUGAAAGUGAUGAUGAGGGCCUAGAUGAUGAAGAUGAAUGUUGGUCAAUUUGUUCAAAGUGGAAGAGGGAAAACAAGCGAUCAUGGAAUAAAUCUGAGGAAGAGUGUUUGAUUAAUAGUUUGUUGGAGAUGAGUGCCGAUCCUUCAUGGAAAGCUGAUGGGAGUUUCAAAGGUGGUUUCAAGAAUAAGUUAGAGGAGAAAUUGAAUGAGAAAUUUCCCGGGUGUGGGUUGAAAGUUAUUCCCCAUAUUGAAUCAAAAAUCAAAUGGUUUAAGGAUAAAUAUAAUGUGCUAACUGAAAUGUUUCGCACUUCUGGUUUUUCUUGGGAUAAUGAAAAGAAUAUGAUUGUUUGUGAAAGGCAAUCUUAUGAAGAAUUUUGUAAGCAACACAGAAAUGCUCAAGGAUUAUGGAAUGUUCCUUUUCCAUUUUAUGAUCAACUGUCAGUUAUCUUUGGUGCCGAUCGAGCUACUGGAGUGCAAUCUGAGACUUUUGUCGAAGCUGUUGACAAUCAAGAGAAAGAGACCAUUGAACUAGAUAAGGGUGGUAGUGAUGAAGAUGAUGAAUUUGAUGAUAAUGAGUCCGUCAACCAAUCAAAACAAUCAACUCCAAGUGAACCUUCUUCAAAGAAAGCCAAAAAAGAAAAGGCUCCAAAUGAACAAGGAAGGAAAAGGAAGAAGCCGGAGGUUGUGGACUUAACUUCUUCUUUUAACAAUAUGUCUUCUAGCUUUUCAAAUCAUAUGAAUGAGAUGAACAAGCACAUGUCUACCAUUGCAAGUGCCUUCUCUACUACACAACUACAUGAGCAACCUAUCAUGGCUCGUGAAGAAGUUGAGGAAAAUCAAAAAAAAAAUUUAGUUAGUGAAUUGCUUCGCAUAGAAGGAUUGACAAGAUUUGAAGUAAUGGAAGCUUCCAAGAGGUUGACUUCCAAUCCAAGUGAACUCUCACUCUUUUACCAAUGCCCGAAUGAUGAGUGGAAGAAAGAUUUUAUAAUCAACCUCAUUCAUCCUAACUUGGGCAAGAUUGAACCAAACAGUUUUAGUCUGGUAUGGGGUUCUAAAUCCAUACCAUCCUGGUAUGGGGUUCCAUACCAUUCCAAUCCUGCUCACUGA